AAGAGAACAGGCAGAAGCGGCUGCCAAUGAGCUCCGCCAAAUAGCAGAGGGGGCCGGGCUAGCUCUUAAAGGUGCCGCGACCCGUUAGCAGAUCGGAGUAUGAUCUAGAUGAUGGCGGCCGCCGCGGCCCUAACCUUGGCUCUGUGGCUACUAUUGCCGUCAGUGGGGGUGGGAGGGGCAGGACCCCCACCAAUCCAGGACGGCGAGUUCACAUUCCUGCUGCCUGCGGGGAGGAAGCAAUGUUUCUACCAGUCUGCUCCUGCCAACGCAAGCCUCGAGACCGAGUACCAGGUGAUCGGAGGUGCUGGGCUAGAUGUGGAUUUCACGCUGGAGAGCCCUCAGGGCGUGCUGCUGGUCAGUGAGUCCCGCAAGGCAGAUGGGGUGCACACGGUAGAACCCACGGAGGCUGGGGACUACAAGCUGUGCUUUGACAACUCCUUCAGCACAAUCUCCGAGAAGUUGGUGUUCUUCGAACUCAUCUUUGACAGCCUGCAGGAUGAUGAGGAGGUCGAAGGCUGGGCAGAGGUCGUGGAGCCUGAGGAGAUGCUGGAUGUCAAGAUGGAGGACAUCAAGGAGUCUAUUGAGACCAUGAGGACCCGUCUGGAGCGCAGCAUCCAGAUGCUGACACUGCUGCGAGCCUUUGAAGCACGUGACCGCAACCUGCAGGAGGGCAACCUGGAACGGGUCAACUUCUGGUCAGCUGUCAACGUGGCUGUGCUGCUGCUAGUGGCUGUGCUGCAGGUCUGCACAUUGAAGCGCUUCUUUCAGGAUAAGCGCCCUGUGCCUACGUAGCCCCUGCCCGGGAAGGAAGAACAGGGAAAAGGAGUGACAGCAGGGUGCAUGUGUGUAAGACUUGGCGGGGAUCCCUUCAGCAACUUAGUUCCUGUGGGAGAGGAGGCUGUACAUUCUGGGCAUGGGAUGUGGCCCCUGUGUGUCUUCCCUCUCAGGCCAGAACACUGGCUGGCUUGUAGGUCUGGGCCAUCCAGCAGGGUGGCUCAGUGGCCUAGAAAUUGUGCACGAGGUGGGGAGGGUACUGCAGCAUUCGGAUGCAACCCUGGGAUCCCUGGCCCCACCUCUGUCCCCUAUUGUAAAUGUGCCUUAGCCUGAGCCUUCCGGCUGCAUCACAAUUGCCUGGUGCUGGAUGGGGCCCAGGAAGCAAGCGUCCCUUUCCCUUCCCCACUGGCCCUGUGAGCCAGGUGGGGGUAGAAGGAGGCUUGCUGCUCACGGGACCCCAUGCCUCCCCUCCCCUCCUUGUCACUCCACCUGGGCCCUGUUGCUGCUGCUGAGGGUGUUGCUCAUGCCAGGGGUUGGGAAGGAAACUCAGCUGCAGCGUUCUUGCCAGGACAGUCACUUUAUUAACAGGAAGGAACUGGCCCCUUGGCCCAGCAGGGGCUAGGUGUGAGGUCCAGUAACAGAAUUCCAGGAGCGGAGCCUGUGAGACCACCUGCCCCUCCUCUCCCCCUGCAGGGGCCCAAGGCAUUUUCGAGGGGAGGCCUGGCCAAAGCUUGCACAGGAGCCUCACAGAACAAAGGGCAGUCUGGCCUGGGGACCGGAGCCAAUAAAUUAUGGUCAGAAAAUCACAGAGCCUGGUGAUUGGGGCUCAGGGACACGAGCCAGAUCAGACUUGCCCCCAAGAGGGCAGCCAGGCAGGCGGGAGGGAUCCCCCACGAAGCUCAGAAGAAGGGUCUGGCGGGAGCCGACGGAGGUGGUCGCCUGGGCAUAAGAGAAAAAUCAGAAAGCAAAGUUGAACUGUGUCCCUGGCUGGGCCAGAAGGCCUGGGCCCUGAGAGGGGGAAGAGGGGACUUGCGGAAAGUGCUCAGGGCUUUAAGGUGGGGACAGAGGCUGACCACCGCACAGUAUGGGGUGGAGGGCUAGGACUCCCUCUCCCCUCAGUGAUUCUGAUGCCCGCCCCAGGCCUCUGUGUGGUGUAUUGAGGUGGGGUGGUGGGGGAUAUUGCCUCCACUUCUGAGAUAAGUAAAAGCUUUCCCUUGUAGAGCAUGGAUUCUUCUGGAAGAAAUGAACCCUUCCCACAAGAGCAGAGCCCUCAUGAGUGAGGUGUGGGGGAGCCCAUGGUGGGAAGGGUGGGGUCCUACUUAGAGGCAUCUGGGGGGAAGCAAGCAGCCCAUGUCCUCAGCCUGACGCCAACACAAAAGGCCCACACAGCAGCCACCAGAAGCGUCUUCCCUUUAUUUUAGUUUAUUAAUAGGAUACAGAAUGCAGGCACUUACAGUGGUCAAACUGAGCGAGCAGUGAGUGAGGUCUGCUCGGAGAGCGGCCACCUGGGCCCACCCCAUGUGGGAGGCCUGGGUAGGAGCCAAGGGGCCCCCACAGUCUCCUUACCCAUUCAGCCCCGAGCCUGGCCACGCUGGGGACCCAGCAGAGAAGA